AUGACUCGUGAAAUCGUGGCUAACACCGACCCAAAUGUCGUGAGGAUCUUUGUCGUGAGACACGGCAAAACCGACUACAAUGCUAAAAAAAUCAUGCAGGGCCAUUUGGAUAUCGACAUGAAUGAUGAAGGCCGGGAACAAUCCGAAAAAGCCGCCAACCACUUGAAAGACAUUGAAUUCGACUACAUCGUCAGCUCAGACUUGAUCCGCUGUGUGAAUACAGCCCGGGCCAUCGCACAAAAGCAGAAAAAACCAUUUGGAAACUUCCCUACAACCCCAGACUUGCGAGAACGAAACAUGGGCCCCGUCCAAGGGAUGCAAGUGCAAGAUGCCCUUGAAAAGUAUGGACCCGACUUCAAAAACAUUGGCGAGAAACAAGAAGACUUGGUAAACCGCGUGACGCAAGUGUGGGAACAGACAUUCAAGAAAGCCGUGGCCGAAAACCACACCAAUACAGUGCUUUGCACCCACGGUGGUGUGAUUAGAGCUUUCAUCAACCACUUGUACAAUGUCCGGGGUUACAAGUUGGCCGAGGGAAUGACGUUCGAAGACCUUCGUGUUCCUUUCAAUACCUCGGUGACGAUGAUAGACUUGGACAAGACUACAGGCGAAGGACUCAUCCAGAAUUUUGGGCUGACGGAGCAUUUGGGUGGUCACUUUGUCGUGUCCAACCAGCAAUUGCGUUAA